CUCCUCCUGCGCUUCCACCCGUUUCCACUUUCUACUCGCCGCGCUCCCUCGUCUGCGGUCUGCGCGACUGCGCGCCCGCCCGCCCGCCUUCCUUUGCCGGACGCGCCUGCCACCUGCUCGACGAAUCACCCCCUUCCGUCCCCUCCGCGAUGCCGCCCCCUCUCGCCGCCGCCGCGGCGCUGCUGGUCGUGCCCGUCUCCCCGGCGCCGUUGGUGCGGCUCGGGCCGUCCCGCCGCCCGCGCCCGACCGCGAUCCGGGCCGCCGCGCUCCGCACACUGCCGCGGCGCCUCGAGCUCUGGCCACAGCGCCUCGCGGCGGCCGAGAGCACGCCGCCGCCGUCCUCCGCGCAGCCGGCGCCGGACUCCAGCUCAGGUCUUGAUGCGGGCUCCGGGGGUGGUGGCAGUGGUGGCGACGGAGGAGGCGGCAGCGCUGAUCUCGGGUGGCUGAGGGUGUUCCCGCACGUGCUCACCGCGUCCAUGGCCAAUUUCCUCUUCGGCUACCACAUUGGGGUCAUGAAUGGUCCAAUAGAGGAUAUUGCGCAAGAGCUUGGUUUUCAAGGAAAUCCCUUCCUCCAAGGUCUUGUGGUCAGCAUAUUCAUUGUUGGUGCCUUUUUCGGGAGCCUAGGCUCAUCUGCACUAGUUGAUAAAUUUGGUUGUAAAAGGACCCUUCAAAUUGAUAGUAUUCCAUUGAUUAUUGGGGCUCUUCUGAGUGCGCAGGCAGAUUCAUUGGAUGAGAUACUUUUGGGAAGAUUUCUUGUUGGCAUUGGAAUUGGUGUAAACACCGUUCUUGUUCCGCUAUAUAUCUCUGAGGUUGCUCCAACAAAAUAUAGGGGUUCUUUGGGGACUCUUUGUCAAAUUGGAACAUGUUUAGGAAUUAUCGCUGCACUUUCCUUGGGGAUACCUUCUGAAAAUGAUCCGCAUUGGUGGCGAACGAUGCUUUAUGCUGCAUGCAUACCUGGUUUUCUUAUUGUUGUUGGAAUGCAAUUUGCUGUUGAGAGCCCACGCUGGCUUGCCAAGGUUGGAAGGUUUGAUGAUGCUAGAAAAGUUGUAGAGAGUCUUUGGGAACCUUCUGAAGUCAAUAAGUCCAUGGAAGAGAUCAAAGCUGUUGUUGCAAAUGACGAUUCACAGUCCAGCUGGUCAGAACUUCUGGUGGAGCCCCACAAUAGAGUUGCAUUGAUUGGAGGGUCCCUUUUCUUUCUGCAACAGUUUGCUGGAAUAAAUGGUGUUCUUUACUUUUCAUCAUUAACAUUCCGUGAUGUUGGUAUUACAAGUGGUGCUUUAGCGAGCUUAUAUGUUGGAAUAACCAACUUUGGAGGGGCACUUGUUGCUUCAAAUUUAAUGGAUAAGCAAGGGCGAAAAAAACUUUUGAUAGGAAGCUAUCUUGGAAUGGCAUUCGCAAUGUUCCUUAUAGUAUAUGGUAUCAGCUUCCCCGUUGAUGAAGGAGUUGCCCACAGCUUGUCAAUUACUGGAACUCUUUUGUACAUUUUCACUUUUGCCCUUGGCGCUGGGCCAGUUACAGGUAUCAUUAUACCAGAGCUGAGCAGUGCUCGUACACGAUCAAAAGUUAUGGGCUUCAGCUUCACUGUACAUUGGAUAUGCAAUUUUCUUGUGGGACUAUAUUUUCUGGAGCUUGUGAACAAGUUUGGGGUUGGAGCAGUCUAUGCAGGUUUCGGUGGGGUUUCCUUGCUUACAGCCCUUUUCGCUUAUAAUUUCAUAGUUGAAACAAAAGGACGCUCUCUUGAGGAAAUUGAGAUGUCUUUGAGCCCAGCUACUCCUGGCAAGCGGGAGUGAAACAUGUUCAUCCAUUCAGUUAUGUGACAAUAACUGAACUGUGCAGCUGCCUGGAGGAAUUAGAGCGAAGGGGUACACAUUCAAUCCCAGGCAGUUAGGUAUCUAUUGACCUAACCUGUGUACAUGUAAUAGCCCAAUAGGCUAGUGGCUAUGUAAAAGUGUUUUCCCGUCAGUCUUCAGCAGUAGCAGUUUAUUGCGAAUGACUUCCCCGUCUGUAGCGAUGCUUGUGUAUACAAAGAUCGGUUGUGCUUUUGGUAAACCUAAUGUACUAUGUAAAUAAAGGAAAACAAGGUGCACGGUAGUUUCUGUUGUUGCA